AUGUCGCUUGAGGCUUCUGCCAGCGCCAUGCACCCAGCGGCCAAGGCUCCGCUGGCGUCGCCGCUUGUAGCGUUUCUCGGUCGGUCCAGUAAGUUAGGUUCACCUCGCCUGCCCGACAACGUGACGUCGCCUCGCUCCGUGUGGGAAGCGAGUCCGCAGAACGAACUAUUAGACCCCACGGCGAGUCUAGGACACACCGUCACCUCUACGAGUCGACUCGUCCAGACGCCACCAACCACGUCUUCGUGGCGUAUACAUAACCUCCUUGUGCCAGACCCGACAGUGAAUAUACAGACCAACAGCUCUUACAAGCGCCGCACACCUCCUUCUUCGCCACCUCAGGAACGGACGGACGUGGCUGCGAGCGCUGCCAAGCGUCCUCGUCUUUCUCGCCGUACGUCGUCACAAUGGCGGCAAGAAUUGUCACCACCGGACCGCGCCAAGACGCGCGAGCGUAUCAUGCGUAGUCUACACAUGCAAUGUCAGGGCGACUACGAGAAGCUUGUGCUGUUGCUCUCAGCCAUGGAAGAGGAGCUUUUGCAUAUAAAGACGACGUCCAGCGAGUUCUACGCACAUCAGGCUUCUGAACUCAGCGACCUCAUCGAGCACGCAAUGCUUGAGCGUUAA